AUGGCAUUGUCAAGUUUAGUGCCUCAAACUGUGAGCUCAAUAUCUUUGCUAGCUAAAAGUACGAUCACUGGGUUACAGAUCUGGUCGUUGCAUGGUCUUCUUUUGACUAUUGAAGCUUCUGGUUUCUCAUAUGUAUAUCAUGUUCAGGCAACACUUGGGCUUGCUUUGGACAUUCUUCUGUCUGAGGAGAAUGGAUUGGUUGACUUCCAGCAAGGAGUGGGCAGCCUCAUAAAUGCUAUUGUUGCAGUUCUUGGUCCUGAACUUGCCCCUGGAAGCAUUUUCUUUUCACGCUGCAAGUCUGUAAUAGCAGAGAUAAGCUCCCAGCAAGAAACGGCAACAUUGCUAGAGUAUGCUGGCAAAUACUUGAGUGUUCGUUUUACACAACAACUUGUUCUUUUUGCUCCACAAGCUGUUUCUGUGCACUCUCAUGUGCAAACUCUCCUCUCCACCGUGUCAGCUGGACAGCAGCCAACCCUAAGGCAUCUUGCUGUCUCCACCCUACGGCAUCUCAUUGAAAAGGAUCCAGUUUCUAUCAUUGAUGAGCAAAUAGAAGAUAACUUGUUUCACAUGCUGAACGAGGAAACCGAUUCUGAGAUUGGGAGCCUGGUACGGGCCACAAUUCUGCGAUUGCUCCUUGCUUUGUGCCCUUCACGUCCAUCUCACUGGAUAUUAAUCUGUCGUAACAUGGUACUUGCUACAUCAGGAAGGCGAGAUGCUGGAAAUGAUUCUCUAAAUGGUCCAGAGAAUGAAUCAGGAAUGGACUUUGGAGAAGAUGAUGAAAAUAUGGUUAGUAGCUCUAAAGGCAUGCCAGUGCAAGGCUAUGCAUUUGGAGCUCACAUGAUCAAUCAUAAUAGAGAUAAACACCUCAGAUACCGAACUAGAGUUUUUGCUGCCGAGUGUUUGGGUCAUUUGCCUAUAGCCGUUGGUAAGAAUCCUGCACAUUUUGACCUCUCUUUGGCAAGGAAACAAGCUGCUAAUGGGGAAAUCUCAGGAGACUGGCUAGUCCUCCAUGUGCAAGAGCUCAUUUCACUGGCUUAUCAGAUAAGCACGAUACAGUUUGAAAACAUGCGGCCUAUUGGUGUGGGACUUCUAACUGCAAUUCUUGACAAGUUUGAAAAAUCCCCCGACCCAGAGCUUCCUGGACAUCUUCUACUGGAACAAUACCAGGCCCAGCUAGUAUCAGCCGUUCGCACAGCAUUAGAUGCAUCUUCUGGUCCUAUUCUUCUUGAGGCAGGGCUUCAGCUGGCCACUAAGAUAAUGACUAGUGGAGUACUGGGCGGUGAUCAAGCUGCAGUUAAACGCAUAUUUUCAUUAAUUUCUCGGCCACUGAAUGACUUCAAAGAUGUUUAUUAUCCUUCGUUUGCAGAAUGGGUCUCAUGCAAGAUCAAGAUAAGACUUCUGGCUGCUCAUGCCUCCCUCAAAUGUUACACAUUCUCAUUUUUGAGGAGACACCACAGUGGGGUUCCGGAUGAGUACCUAGCAUUGUUACCAUUGUUUUCUAAGAGUUCAAGUAUUCUGGGGAAGUACUGGAUUGGGGUUCUCAAGGACUACAGUUAUAUUUGCUUAUGCCUGGAUGCCAAGAAAAAUUGGAAUCCAUUCCUUGAUGGAAUUCAAUCACCUCUUGUUUCAUCGAAAGUGCAGCCUAGUUUAGAAGAAUCCUGGCCAGUGAUUCUGCAAGCACUUGCAUUAGAUGCAGUCCCUGUAAAUACCUAUGGGAAUUCUGACGCAACAGAUGAAAAUUCAUCAAAUAAUAGUUUAAUAUCUGGAUAUAGCAUGGUUGAACUCAAGUUGGAAGAUUAUCGAUUUCUAUGGGGGUUUGCCCUGCUUGUUCUAUUUCAGCGACAACAUCCAGCCCCCUGUAGACAAAUAAUACCACUAAGUUCUGAAGUAAGAUAUGGUGGGGACUCACCAACUGAAGAAACAAAUACUACAGCUUUGAAGCAAUAUGAGAUUGUUCUACCAGUUCUCCAGUUUCUCUUGACAGAAAGAUUUUUUGCUGAAGAAUUUCUUACUUUGGAUAGUUGCCGAGAAUUGCUGCAGGUUUUCUGCUACUCCAUUUACAUGGAUGAUUCUUGGAAUACUCUUGCAAUAUCAGUUCUAUUGCAGGUUGUGCAGAAUUGUCCUUCAGAUUUUCUUGAAUCAGAAGCUUUAGGUUAUCAGGCCAUGGAACUGCUUUUGGCUUAUAUCUUCAGCGUUUUUCAGAGAACUGUUGGGGUUUUAUCAGAUCACCCAAAGACACUUGAUAUGGAGGACUUGAUAUCUCCAUUGUUUAUUACAGCGAAGACACUUGUAAAGCGUUUUGAAGCAAAGAAGCAAUUUAAGUCUGUGGUUGUGGCCUUUGUGUUGGUUGGUUACAAGUGCAUCAGAGAAGCUUUGACAGAGUUAAGCUUUUCAACAGUUUACGACUUUGUAAAGUGCACGAUUCCAUUGGUGAAGAAACUUGUUGAUGGUGAGCAUUUGGUACUUGACAUUGAUGCAAUGUAG